GAAAUAUGCAGGGAGUCAGUCCAGUCAGUCAUUGAAGGGUUAACCUGGGAGCUCGCAGAAGUCUCUCCUUUCUGUCUCUGAUAUUUAGCGGAAAACAUCUGACUCCUUGCUCGUUUUCCGAGGCUGCGUUUUAUUUUAGUAAUUUUGCAGCGGACCGUGGAGGCAUCACGGAAACAGAAAUCUCCGUUUGUGAAGCAGGACAUCGACAUUUCACCGCGUGCUUUCUAACAGCUUCACUUUUUCUGCUUCAGGUCAAUAAAGAGAGAAGGAUGUGUGGGUGUUAGGUCAUAUGCUCAGUUAACAUCACUGCCCCCCCACCCUACCCCCAACACGGAGCUGCUGUCAGCUUUAUCGCAAAUUGCCACUUGUCCAGUGAGGCUGAUCCAACACCAUGUCUACAGAAGUGGAAAACAGCUCACCCGUGUCCGCUGAUCCCAGCUCCCCAACUACAGCUGCAGCUACUAACACCCCACCCAGCUCCCCCAUGACUGCUGGAUCCAAAGUCCCAUUCAGGAAAGAGAAGAAGAAAGUUGUGGAAAAGACAGAUGAGUACCUGCUGGGCAGGUUUCAAGGAGAUGGUGUAAGGUACAAGGCCAAGUUGAUUGGCAUUGAUGAUGUUCCAGAGGCCCGUGGAGACAAGAUGUGCCAAGACUCAAUGAUGAAGCUUAAGGGUAUGGCGGUAGCUGCUCGAUCUCAAGGCAAGCACAAGCAGAGGAUCUGGGUCAACAUUUCCAUGUCUGGUAUAAAGAUAAUUGAUGAGAAAUCAGGAGUGAUUGAACACGAGCAUGUUGUGAAUAAGAUUUCCUUCAUUGCCAGAGAUGUAACUGAUAACCGGGCAUUUGGAUAUGUAUGUGGAGCAGAAGGACAGCAUCAGUUCUUUGCCAUAAAGACUGCACAACAGGCAGAGCCCUUGGUCAUUGAUCUAAAAGAUCUCUUCCAGGUCAUCUUCAACUUGAGAAAAAAAGAAGCAGAGACCUCGCAGAAGGGUGAAAAUGGCAGCACGGUAGUUGAGAAUGGAGGUGAUGCCGUGUUAAGUGUGGACAGUGAAGGAAAAACUGCCCAACCAGUGGAGCAGCUUGACCUUUUUGGAGACAUGUCGACCCCUCCAGACAUUCAGGCUCCAAAUGAAUCUAAUGACAUUCUCUUGCUGGACUUUUCUGCUGAAGUUGACAGCAAUCAGAAUUACAUAAAGGGAAACUCCUUAACUUUUGCUCCUGAUUGUAAAGCAUCUCCACACACAGAGAAUCCCUUUUCCUCUAUUUUUGGCUAUUUCCCAGCUCCAGACAGCGACCCUUUCAGAGAUGACCCCCUUUCUAAAUCACCCACUAGUUUUGAACCAGUUAAUGCACAUAUCUCUACCACCAAUAACCAUCCAAACAGCACUGCUGGCAACACUAAUAGGACAAAUUUUAACUGUUUAACUGAAGAGACUGAACAUGCCAGUCAGAUAAAUGGGUUAUCCACUAAGUCCAUGAUCCUCGCUCUCAAUAAUGGGCAGUGGCCACUAGGGGGCAAUAUAACUCAAGGCACCACAGUAACUAUAAUGGAUGGGAAUGGCUCUGAUCAGGAUCUCUUAACAAAAAACCCAUUUUUUGACUCCCCUUUGAAAACCUCUCCUGUCUCUAAUGGCCUCACUCAUCAUCCUGAACUGCCAGCGACUCAUAACAAGGAUUCAGUUGUCAUAAGUCCACCUCCACAAAACUCUAAGUCUGGACGAGGUCGAAGGAGUGCAAAGUCUACAGCAAGCGAUCUGUUUGGAGCAGAGCUGUUUACUGCUCCCACUCCUGAGGGGUCCUCUGCUGCAGCUGACCUUUUCAACAGUGCACCCACAAACUCUGCUCCAUCCUCCAUAGCAGCUCUGGGAAAUCUUCAGUUGGGUCCACCAGCUACCACAAGUAUGCCUGCUGUAGGCAUGUGGGGAGCCCCUACUGCUGCACCCAACAUGUUCUCCAUGCCAGGAGUGACUGUUCCAGGGCUGAGACCAGGCUUUCCACAGCCAUCAGCCUUUGGUGUACCUGUGCCAGCCACAGCCUGGGCCCAGCAGAUGCCACCACAGUUUGCUGCUGCACCUCUGUCCCCACCCCACCUUGCCUGGGGUCAGCCUGCCUCAUCCAAUCCUUUCCAACAGGGUGCCUUCCCAGGAAUGGGUGAUCAGCAAGGUCCAUCACGCCCCCCUCCAAGGCCACCUGCUAAGGAAGCCCGUCCAAAAGUAGAGAACAGCGCUUUUACAGCACUGGAUCCCCUUGGGGAUAAAGAGAAGAAGACUGGAAAGGACAUGUUCAAGGACUUCCAGCUCGCCAAACCCCCGGCCAUUCCAGCAAGGAAAGGGGAAGUUGCACCAAGCUCUGCUCCAGACCCCAGCAGCAAAGAGCCAGCAGCAUUUGAUCAAUACUUUUCCAGUAAAGUUGGUGUCGCUCAAGAUGUCGCCGAUCAUGAUGACUUUGAAAUCAAUCAAAUGUCAUCACUUGCUAAUAAUGAUGCUCCUGCUCCGAGCUUUAAUGCUGAUCUCUUUGAUGGAGCCUUCUCUUCUGCCCCUGUCUUAAACACUUCAGCGCCAUCACAGGGAAACAGUCUCAGUCAGGACAUGUUUGAUAAAGCAUUUGGGGCCCCAGAUUCCAGUUUGUUUGGAGCACCACCCGUAGCUGUGAAUGCUUCUGUUGCUCAAAGUGGGUCAACAGAUGCUUUUGGAAAUGCUUUUGGAAAUCCCUUUGCUUGACUACAAGUCUAAUUAAAAAGGAGCAAAGGGAGCAGAUGGAAAUCACUUCAGACACAUUCGGGACAAGCUGCUCCGUGCAAGACAAUCGAUAUUAUGAACUCUUCUUACUCUUGUCUUUCUUGUCUUUUUUUACACACCCUUCUUUUACAUCUGUUUCUGAUGGUUCCUCUGUAACAACCACUGAUCCAAGAAGCAAAUAUUAUGUCAUGAUCUGCUGAAGAAAAGAAAUAUGCAGAUAUAUGUGGAAAAAGUUGAGGUUCACUGCUGAUGCUGUCUUUGUUAAAGAAAUAAAUCAUUAAUUACA